AUGUUAGGAACAACCUAUGUUGCCCAAGUCUUCAUGGGGACAACUGAUUACGUCAUGCUCGCUAUAAUGCUGCUGGUGUCUAUGAGUAUAGGCGUCUUCUUCGCAAUAUCAGGAAGAAAAAACACAACUAAGGCUGAAUACCUCCUGGGAAGUCGUCGACUGGGGAUGUUGCCUGUUUGUCUCUCGUUAUUCGCCACAUUCUCAUCAGCCAUUUCUCUGCUCGGGGUUCCAGCAGAGGUCUAUACCUAUGGGACUAUGGUCUUCUACACUGGAGUGGCUAUAGUGCUUGCCUAUCUGACAGCUAUAGUGACAAUUGUACCAUUGCUUCACCCACUGAAGGUUACCAGUGUGUAUGAGUAUCUGGAAAUGAGGUUCCAGUGGCGUUUUAUGAGGCUUCUGGGAACAUUUAUUGGAGUAGUUUCAAGUGUUUCCUACAUGACUAUAGCCCUGCUGUCUCCAGCGCUGGCAUUACAGACAGCGGUUGACUUGCCUCUGUGGAUGUCCAUCGUGUUGGUAGGAACGGUAGGAACAGUGUACACUGCAAUAGGUGGUAUCAAAAGUGUUGUCUGGACAGAUGUCUUUCAGACCGUUAUCAUAUUUGGUGGAAUCGUUGUCAUUCUCCUCAAG